UACCACAAUUGUUAACAGAUAUUCAUACAUGUACGAUAAAGAAUUCUGAUAGAAAGGGUCACACACAUGCCUGUUACAUUGAUGCAACUCUUUGCAAAGCUCUAUUUCUUCCUGUUUUAUUAUUAUCACCUCAUUUUCCAAUGGUGAGAUAUAUUAAACGUUUAAUUUAUCAAAUGACAAGUUUAUACGACAAAAUGUUAAAUCUGGAGAAGGCUUUAACUUCUGUUGAUUUAGACACGUUAAACGAAAUUAUAAUUUCGGCACAACAAAAAGCAUAUAUGUACAAACAUCAGCAGAAUCGUACUACUUUGAGUGAAGAUGAAAUCAUGUCUUGCUUUAAAAACGCAUUUAAGGCUUUUACUAAACGCUCCAUGGACACACCUCGAUAUGUUUGUGCAUCAUGUGAGAGACUUUUAUAUAGAAGAAGUGUCUCUGAAUUUAAUAAGCUUAAAGCACGAAUAGAUAUUCCAAUUUAGAGAGAUUUAAUGGCGCAUUUAGAAAAACAUAAUAUUACUCCGCAAUACAUAUGUAAUUACUGUGAAAAAAAAUUCCGUGACGGAUUAAUGCCUGCGUAUUGCGUUUUAAAUGAUCGUAUUGUACACGAUCCACCUGAAGUAAUAUCAUGUCUUAACCAGUUUGAAAAAAUUCUCAUACAAAGAGCUAAAGCUUUUCAAACUGUCGUUACAAUGAAACCUGUUAGUAACAAGAAAUUGCCUCACAGACAGAUGGUACAAAAAGUAAAAGGUAGAACGUUUCAUUUACCGUUACCUUUACAAGAAACAUUGAACAAAAUAUGUCCUGAUACUGAUCCGAUUAAUAUCAAUCACGAACUGUACUUUGUACGUGUUAGAGGUAUUCCGACAAAAUCAAAAAUGAUUUGGGAAGACAUGGUAGACGUUAACAAGGUUUUUGACGCCUUAGUGUGGUUAAAAGAACACAAUCCUUUAUAUUCUCAUAUUGUAUUGCCAAAUACUUGUAAGGAGUUUUCUUUACAAACGUCAUUAUUAAUCGAUCCAGAUUUUGAAGCACAGGAGACAGAAAAUGCUACUGAAUCUAAUUUGGAUGACGAACGCGAAUCGAGCCCAAAAAGUCCAACGCAAGAAAACAACGUAGACGCUACUUUAAAUAAUGAGCAUUUAUUUCCUUUUGGUAUUGAUGGACGACACCAAGCUAGACGGGUUAAACUUCACGACCAUGAAUUUGAUAAAUGUUGUUUGAUGUCCAAACAUCCACAAUUCAGAUUAAAUAUACAAUUCGUAUUUUUUCUGUAUAAUCUGUACACUUUUCGUCAAAUAAAUCGUGGUAUUUAUAGCAAACUAUGUACAACUAAGCGUUAUACGGCUUCAGAAUAUUUAGAAGCACUACAGUCAGAUGUAUUAGAAUCUGACUUGAAUACAAUAUUCGCCACUAUAAGAAAUACGGAACAAUACUGGCGUAUACCGAGGAGUAAUUUAAGAUGUAUGACGCAAGAAUACGGACCUGCGACAUGGUUCGUAACAUGGAGUCCUGCUGAAUGGCUGAUGCCUGACUUAGCUGCAUAUCUUCGUGAAGUAAAUGGAUGGCCUGACGAUUCGACGCCCAUUAGUGUACUCGUUGCUAAGGAUCCCGUGUCAACGUCAAGGUUUCUUGAUAACAAAUUCAAAGCGUUCCUUGAUUUUAUUUGUUCCAAAGAUAAUCCGAUCGGAAAAGUGGCGCAUUAUUUCUGGCGACGAGAAUACCAAGGUAGAGGUAUACAACAUUUCCAUUUAUUAAUUUGGAUUGAAGGUGCGCCAAUUAUCGGGAAAUCUUCUGCUGAAGAAGUUUCUCAAUUUAUUUUGCAACACAUAACUUGUGAAAUGCCAGAUCCAAAUAUUUCACCAUUGUUAUAUAGGCGAGUCAAUACGCAUCAACGACACAAACAUAACGAUUAUUGUCUUCGUUCUAAAAAAGUAGGACGCAAAACGAUUCGUGUGUGUCGUUUCGGGUUUCCUCGUCCUGUCACGGAAACGUUGAUUUUGAAAGAUGUCAUAAGUUCGAUAGCAGGUAGGAAACGAUUGAAACAUAGAAGUAGGCUUUAUCAUGUUCCUCGAAAACAUGAUGAGAUCAAUAUAAAUGAUUAUCAUCCUGUUCUUCUUACGGUAUUAGAAGGAAAUGUCGAUAUACAAUACGUAAGUGAAACAUCCACGUUGCUUACUUGGUAUAUUACUAAGUACGUAAAUAAACCAGGAAAAUGUGAAAUAUCUGAUGCUGUCCUUGAUAGUAAAAAUAAGACAAAGAAAUCAUUGCGUCAAGAACUUUGGAAUUUUACUUUGCGAGCCACGAGUAAUAGGGAAUGUGGAUCUCUUGAAGCCUGUGAUGGAAUGUGUGGUAUUCCUUUAUGGGGGACUGAUUCAAAAACGACUAUAAAAUGGUUAGAUGUUAAUCAGAUACGACGUAGAAAAGUUAAAACUUAUAAGGAAAUUGAAGCUCUUGACGGAGAUUCUACAAAUAUAUUUUGUCCAUCUGUAAUAGAUGAACAUUAUCCACGGAGACCGAAAGAAUUGGAAUCUAUGUUUUUAUAUGAGUUUGUACAGUGGUAUGAUAUUUUGAAAAAUAAACCACGAGGUAAAAAUAUUGAAUACUACACGAUGGAGAAUGGUUAUUAUCUAAAACGGCGACAGCGUGGAUGUCUUAUUAAUCACUAUAAAUAUAAUGUCAAUACGCAGCCGGAAAAUUAUUUCUUUUCAUUACUGCUCAUGUUUAAACCGUGGCGGAAAAUAGAAGAUCUUAAAGACGGAUGUGAUACAUAUACAGAAGCAUUUCACAAGGAAAAGUUAUAUCUUACGGAAGCAUUGCAAUAUCAUGAAAAAUUAGAGGAAGUGCAAAAAGCAUUUGAAACUGCGAAGCAAUUAGUUGAACAUUAUUUAGAUAAUUUGGAAAAACAACAUGAGUCUCAAGAUGAUCCCGAUAAUCCAAUAGGUGUUCAAAAUAUUGAGGCUGGUGAAGCGAUGCAAAAUUUUAAGGAUCUUGGUGACAAAUUAAAUCAGGAAAUCAAUGUAUCUGAAAUGAUUUCGAAUCUGAACGCAGAUCAAAGAAGAAUAUUUGACAGAGUCAUCAACGCCGUAAAGAUAUCGCCGGAUAACGAACAAUUUAAACAAUUACUAUUAUACGUUAGCGGAGAAGGUGGUACUGGUAAAAGUUUUUUAAUUAAAACAAUUAAAUGCUGGAUAAAACAAAAUCUUCACAAGGAUACUGCUGUAACAGCACCUACCGGUAUAGCGGCGUUUAAUAUCGAUGGUUUAACAAAUCACAGGCAAUUGCAGUUACCUGUUGAACAUGGUGAUCAGUCUCCUAAGUAUACACUAUUAUCUGAUCACGUUUUGAAAGUUUUACGAGCAGAUCUUAAAGAUGUUAGUCUUAUUAUAAUUGAUGAAAUAUCAAUGAUAUCUAAUUUAACUUUCAUGUAUAUACAUUUACGACUAUGUCAAAUAUUUGAUACCAUGGAUGACGAUUUCUUUGGUGGAAAGCAUGUUCUUUUAUUUGGAGAUCUGCUUCAAUUACCUCCUGUACGUGAAAAUUUUAUCUUUGUUCCACUAUCAAAAGCAGAAUUUAAUAAAUAUAUUGGCAGUGUGGGGACUACUCCUGAGGAAUGGUUGUGGCAAAAAUUUCAAUAUGAUGAAUUGACGAUCAAUAUGCGUCAGCAAGGAGAUACAGCUUAUCGUGAAUUACUCUCGAGAGUUCGUAUUGGUUUAUUGACAACUUCUGAUUCUGAGAUUCUCGAGAAAAGAAGAAUAUCAUUGAAAGGUCAGUCUUUCGAUGAAAGAUUAUACGAAUUGUGUAAUUAUCUUGAUAAUUUGCCGCCUAACACUGUUUGUUUACUGCCUACUCGUUAUUUGUGCGAUGUUCUUAACACUGCAAUGCUAAGUCGUAUUGCUUCGAAAGAAAUAUUAUUAAUUGCUCAAGAUACGCUUGACUGUGAUAAUUAUAUUAAACGAAAGGUACAAAAGCGAUUGACGGAUAAUGAAGACGAUGAUACCAAUACAGCUGGGCUUUUGAAACAAAUUACAAUUAAAAUUGGAGCGAAAGUUAUGAUAAGACGCAAUAUUGAUGUCACUUUGGGCCUGGUAAAUGGUACAAUUGCUACAGUUAUUUCUGUUGUGCGGGAUAUAUCUACCGAUUGUGUAGAAAAGAUUAAACUUCUUUUACCGUCUGGUUUGGAGUAUUGUAUUGAAAGAGUAAGUGUCAAGUUUAAAGUAAUGGAGAAAGCAUAUGUUAUCAGAAAACAAUUUCCCAUAACUCUCAGUUAUGGCAUAACCAUUCAUAAAAGUCAAGGAUUAACCUUACAAAACGCUGUUAUGGAUAUAGGUAAUUCUAUAUUUAGUUGUGCUCAGUCAUAUGUUGCGUUAUCCCGAAUACCGUCUUCGGAUGGAUUGCAUUUAAUUAACUUUGAUCCUUCAGCUGUAAAAGUAAGUGAAAGAGCUAUUACCGAAUAUAAUCGACUAAUACGAACAUUUCUACCGCAAGCACAAACGAUUCCUAUUUCGAAAAAACGUUUUCGAAAAGUAAAAGAUGUUCCGUGGACAUUGUCGAAAAUAAUCAAUGCCGGUCAAGAGUCAGAUCAACAAGUUGGAAAAAGUACUGUUGAGCCGAUACCUGUUUUGCAAAAUGAAGAUGGAGUUUCAUGCUAC